AUGGAGACUUCUACAACAAGUAACAGUAUCAUCAGUGAUGGCCGUUAUGCAACUGUGAAGCAAGGUUCUUGGUUCAACCAAUUCCUCAGUGGCUCCAAUCCUUGGAUGGCUAGAUAUGUUUACAGUUUCAUGUUUCUGCUGGCGACUUUGCUCGCGUGGAUCGUUCGCGAUUAUGGCCCGAAAACUCUCAGCCAUUUCAAGAGUAAUUCAUUUGCACCAUUUUAUAUAUCUUGUGUCAAGACUGUGUAUGUUGAGUGGCAUGCAAUUGAUUGUUUGAAUGGAUAUGAUGGUGCAGGGCCUAAUGACUGCUAUGACGGUGAAAAGUAUUGCUUAGGUAGAGUGGGAGUUCUCAGAGUGAGCAUGGGCUGUUUUAUGUUCUACUUCUUGAUGUUUGUGUCCACAUUAGGCACUACAAAGUUGAUGGAUAGAAGAGAAACAUGGCACUCAAGGUGGUGGUUUGCCAAGAUUCCUAUGAUGAUUGCACUAACUCUCCUGCCAUUUUUUCUUCCAUCUGAUCUUAUUGAGGUCUAUGGCCAUCUUUCACACUUUGGAGCUGGGGUGUUUUUACUAGUCCAGCUUGUUAGUAUAAUCAGUUUCAUCACUUGGCUAAACGAUUUUUGCCACUCCGACGAGUAUGCAGAUUCAUGGCGUUUACACGCGAUGAUCCUUGGUGCAACCGCGUAUGUUGUGUGCAUACUCGGGAUCAUCUUGAUGUACAUUAUAGAAGGUGCUGGCACUCGAAACAUUGCUUUCAUCUUGACGACGGCUGUGCUCGUCCACCUCAUGACCAUUGUUUCUAUCCGGCCUGAAGUGAAUGCAGGGUUUCUGACUUCAAGUCUCAUGGGACUUUAUGUUCUGUUCCUCUGCUGGUCUGCCAUCAGAAGUGAAAAGGCAUAUGAUGAUUCUGAAGUAAAAGUUAUCACCAUCAUAAGCUUUGGUGUGGCAGUAAUGGCAAUUGUGAUUGCAACGUUUUCAACCGGCAUUGAUUCCAAAAGCUUUCAGUUAAGGAAUGAACAAGAGGAAGAGGAUGAUGUUCCGUACGGAUAUGGAUUCUUCCAUUUUGUUUUUGCCACUGGAGCCAUGUAUUUUGCAAUGCUGUUAGUUGGAUGGAAUGCCAAGAAUCCCACCACAAAGCUUACAAUUGAUAUUGGGUGGACCAGCACUUGGGUUAGGAUAGUCAACGAGUGGGUCGCAGCUGGCGUUUACCUAUGGAGGAUUGUAGCUCCAAUCAUUUGGAAAGGUGCUCGAGCCAAUGAGUCACAAGUGUGAAAUGUGAACAGCUAUGAAGAUUCAAGACUAUUAA